AUGCUAGUUCCCCAAACUCCCGAAUUUACAAGACAGAAUUCACAAGAGGAAAAAGACGGAUACCGGAUUGUUUAUAUUGAGAACAUACGGAAAGCUGUUCAAUUGAUGCACAAAUGUAAGAAUGGGACAAUCAUAACUUGUGAAGAUGCUUCAAAACGUGCUGGAUUGAGCAGCAGCUACUAUUUUGAAUGCACCAAAUGUAGACAGAGAGUGGACAUGGAUACUUCGAAGCCAGUCAAGGGAAAAGCUCGUUCUUUUGAUGUAAAUCGGAGAACAAAUUUUGCCAUGGGUGAGUUGGGCUUAGGCAGAGAGGCUCUUGCCACCAUUUGCGAAAUUUUAAAUAUGCCACCCCCAGUAAGUGAUAGUGCUUAUCAAAAACAUAAUCGCUCGGUGAACUUAGCAACACGAAAAGUUUUGGAAGAAAGGUUGAACGAUGCCGGCCAUCGAGUACGCACAUUCCUGCAGAAGGAUGAUGCAGAAAUUCUUGAUGUUGCCAUGUCAUUUGAUGGUACAUGGAACAAAAGGGGCUUCACGGCCAACUAUGGAGUUGGAAUUGUCAUUUCUGCUGAUACUGGGGAGGUCUUGGACUAUGUUGUUUUAUCAAAGGUCUGUGAACUUUGCAAAGCUGCAGAGAAACACAAAAGCAAUCCCGAGAAAUACCAAGAGUGGAAAGAUGCUCAUGCGGCCAGUGGACUGUGCCAAAAGAAUUAUAAUGGUUCUAGUCCUGCUAUGGAAAAAGAAGCAGCCAGAAUUUUGUGGAGUAGAUAUCUGUCGAGAAGCGCAAGUUCCGGUAUAUUGAUAUGGUAUGUGAUGGUGAUAGCAAGGCACAUGGAGAAGUGUGGGAUAUAUAUGGGGUUUGUGAUGAUUGUGAGAAAUAUGAAAAUAUGGACAAACAGUCAGCAGAGUACCAAAAGUGGUUGAAAUCGAAAGCACAUGCUAAUUGGGAGAGAGAACAUAGCACAAGCAAUGACAAUUGCCAUCGGGUUAGCAAGCUUGAUUGUGUCGGACAUGUGCAGAAGCGUAUGGGGAAAAACCUGAUAGCUCUGUCUGGAAAGUCAAAGCUCGCAGAUGGUAAACCGGUGGGAGGAAGAGCAGGAAGACUCACCAGGCCUAUGAUUGACAAACUGCAGAAAUAUUAUGGCAAUGCCAUUAGACGGUGCGUGGACAAAAAAGCGAAAAGUAAACAAGAAGUGGAGGAUGCAGUAAAGAGAAUGCAAUGUGCGAUAAAAGGA